AUGCCGCCCUUCGUUCCCCGGAAGCGUUUCUCCUCGGAGGACCCUCCCAGCGCCAAACGCCAGGCGCCAUCUCCCGUCAAUGCUGCCUCCAAGCCUAUUGUCGAAAUCCCCGGUUUUGGCCCCGAUUCCGACUCCGAUUCAUCACUGAGUGAUGCUCCCAGCUCAGACGAAGCCAAUGGAGGAAACAAAGGCGGACAGGAUGAUGGAGACGAGAUUGAUGACAUUGAUUGGGAAGACGCGAUGGAAACAACGACAGCAACCCCAACGGCCUUUUUGACACCUGCCAACGAACCCCAGGAUCUCGAGUUGACCCUGAACAAGAAUGAAGCGCAUAUUUCCGACCUUCUAGAUGGGAAAAAGGGCCCAACAAAGAUAGAACGUCAGAUUCGCAUCCAGACUCACUGCAUGCAUGUCCAGUGUCUGCUAUUCCACAACGCUCUGCGCAACGCCUGGGUAAAUGACACGAAAGUCCACGAUAUUCUCCGACAGAAGCUGCCGGUAGCCAUUAAAAAGGAAGUUCGGAAGUGGAGGAUAGCAUCUGGUCUGGAGGCUCCAGAGAAUCCGAAGCCCGAGGGAAAGGAUAAAAAGAAGGCGAAGAAGACCCGAAAACAGGAACGGGACUGGGCUGGGGAGUCCACUCCUCUAGAACCCGGGCAGCCUGAUAUGAGCCGUGGUGAUCCACUCAUCUCGCUACUCAAGAUAUUGGCAGCCUACUGGAAAAAGCAGUUCAAGAUCGCCGCUCCCGGGCUGCGCAAGCAUGGCUACCGUCCAAUAUCUCAGUUAGAAGCUGAAAUAUCCUCUUUCCACAAAGAUGACCAUGACCCUGAACGGCACGGUGAGCGGAUCCGCGAUCUAGGGGAAUUAUGCUCUGUGGCAGAACGCAUGGAGGGAUCCAGGGAUGUUGGGGCACAGCUAUUUACGGCACUCCUUCGCGCUUUAGGCCUGGAGGCAAGACUCGUAGGCAGCCUACAACCACUCGGAUUUGGAUGGACCAAGGCUGAAACAUACACUGCAAAACCCAACGCGGAAACGGAAGUGGAGGCUGUUGCAAGUGCACACGCAUCUGCCGAAACGGAGACUUCUGGGUCGAACUCAGAAAGCAGUGACAUUGGUGAAAUGCCUCUGCCUACUAAAAACAAAAAGACCUACGAUAGGGAUCUCCCAUUUCCUAUCUACUGGACUGAAGUUGCUUCGCCCAUUACCCAUGAGAUCAUCCCUGUGGACCCCCUAGUUCUUCCAAACGCCGUGGCCACAACUCCCGAGCUACAGGCCGCUUUCGAACCCCGAGGUGCCAAAGCAGAGAGAGCAAAACAAGUCGUAUGUUACAUUGUUGCCCACGCUCCAGAUGGCACGGCCAAGGAUGUCACCACUCGGUAUCUCCGCCGCCGCACAUGGCCCAGCAAGACGAAGGGGUAUCGGCUUCCGGUUGAGAAGAUCCCUAUCCCGGGGCGAAGGGGCAAGUUUUAUGAAUACGACUGGUUCCGAGCGACUAUGAGGGGCUACAUGCGGCCGGAAAGCAAGAGAACGACGGUGGAUGAUAUCGAAGACGUCAGGGAUCUCGUCCCCACCAAAGCAGAAAAGAAGAAAGCAGCCAAAGAAGGCGAUACUCUCCAGAGCCUACGAGCCUCGACGGAAUUUGUCCUAGAGCGUUUCCUCCGCCGUGAAGAAGCCAUCCGGCCCGGCGCGAAACACGUCCGUACCUUCACUACCGGCAAAGGCGACAAAGCAAAGGAGGAAAAGAUUUUCAAACGAAGUGACGUCUUGAAAUGCUUUUCAGCCGAAAGCUGGCAUAAGGAAGGCCGCCGUGUCAAAGCCGGCGAAGCACCGCUGAAGCUGGUCCCAAUCCGCGCCGUCACCCUCCUCCGAAAACGGGAGGUAGAUGAAAUGGAGCGGGAAACGGGUGAAAAGCCCAAACAAGGUCUCUAUGCAAAGCACCAGACGGAAUACAUCAUUCCGGAUCCGAUCAAAAAUGGUAUUAUCCCCAAGAAUGAAUACGGAAAUAUCGACUGCUUCGUGCCUCGCAUGGUGCCCCAAGGGGCUGUUCACAUUCCUUGGUCAGGUACUGUCCGCGUCUGCAAGAAGCUAGGAAUCGACUACGCGGAAGCCGUGACUGGAUUUGAGUUUGGGUCUAAAAUGGCCGUUCCCAUCAUCGAGGGUGUGGUUGUCGCGGCUGAAAAUGAGGACCUCGUCAAGGACGCCUGGCGCGCUGAUGAGGCGGAGAAGAGAAAACGGGAACAGCUUAAGGCUGAAAAACGCAUCUUGGAAACAUGGCGCAAGUUUCUCUUUGGCUUGCGCAUUGCAGAACGUGUGAGGGAGGAAUAUGGCGGCGGCGACGAUUCUAAGGAUAAGGAAAGGGAUAUGCAUAAUCCAUUUGCGAGCGCACGGAAUAACAGACAUAUCCAUGAAGAACAUGCUGAACUAGAAGAUCACGAUCACGAUUACACCGAAGAUCAGGGCGGUGGAUUCCUCUUACCCGGUGAAGAUGACGGGGACGAUGCAGGUUUGAUCGUGGAGAGACAUGAUGACGAACCUCAACCUCAACAUCAAUCUGGUACUCAGCACAACGUCAUCUCAAUCGACGACACAGAUGAUGACUCCAAAUCAGAUUCCAUUCAAGAAUUAUCUGCCCCUCCCCCAUCAUACCCAGGAGAUGGCGAGGGUAAUCCAACGGGGUCCAACCCUGCUUCUGAGCCUGAGCCCGAACCCGAAUCCGAGUCUGAGCCUGAACAUGUCCCUGCUACACGCAGACGAACGAGAAAUAGUACAAGGACGAGGUCGAAGUAUUUCUCACGCAAGUGA